AUGGCAGACAAGGAGGCGACGGUCUACAUUGUAGAUAUGGGGAGACCGAUGGGUGAAAAGCGCAACGCAAGGAAGGAAUCAGAUCUUGACUGGGCGAUGACCUACGUCUGGGAAAAGAUCACCAGUACAGUAGCGACCGACCGGAAGACUGCACAGCUUGGAGCCAUUGGGCUGCGCACCGAUCGCACGGAGAAUGAGCUAGACAGCGAAGACAGCUUCCAAAAUAUAUCUGUGCUGCAAGAGAUAAAACAGCUUCUGCUACCGGGCUUGAAGGAUCUAUGGCAAAAAGUCAAAGUGAGCGACACGGCCGAUGGCGACGCAAUAUCGGCUAUUGUCAUUGCCAUCCAGAUGAUCACGAAGCAUUGCAAGAAGCUGAAAUACAAGCGGAAGAUAGUCCUUGUCACAGAUGGACGCGGCUCUAUGGAUGCGGAUGACAUGUCGCAAAUCACGGAGAAGAUCAAGUCAGACGAUAUCGAGCUUGUGGUCAUUGGAGUUGACUUUGACGAUCCAGAUUAUGGAUUCAAGGAAGAGGACAAAGAUCCUGAAAAGGCAGUCAAUGAAGCAACGCUCAGAGCUCUGGUGGAAGACUGCGAAGGCAUUUUCGGAACAAUGCAACAAGCAAUCGAGGAGCUGGGUACGCCAAGGCUCAAGACCACGAGACCUGUACACUCUUAUAAAGGCCAGCUCACCCUUGGAGACCCCGAGCAAUACGAUUCAGCUCUCUGCAUCGAUGUCGAAAGAUAUCCUAGGGUUAUGGUCCGAAAACCGCUUGCAGCAAGUCAAUAUGUUCAACGGUCUGAUCUAUCAAAUGGCCACGUCAGCACACAGUCUUCGGCAACAAUGAUGCCUGAUGCGGAUGGAGCCGAUUCCGGUCCAAUUCAAUCUGAUGGGAACAGCUUGACGUCUGUGAGGAAUGCUCGAACCUAUCAAGUCCUUGAUGAGGAAGCUCCAGGAGGAAAACGAGACGUUAGCAGAGACGAUUUGGCUAAAGGCUAUGAGUAUGGGCGAACAGCUGUGCACAUAAGUGAGUCUGACCUUAACGUCACGAAAUUGGAGACCCAGCCGGGACUUGAGAUCGUUGGGUUCAUUCCCUGGUCGACAUUCGAACGCUAUAUGACUUUGUCUGUCUCCUGCGUCGUCAUCGCUCAGAAAACGAACAGCAAGGCCAUAAUGGCCUUGUCAUCGCUGAUACAUGCCCUCUUCGAGCUGGAAUCGUAUGCAGUUGCCCGCUUGGUCACUAAAGCAGAUAGAGAGCCCCUGAUCACCUUGCUUGCGCCAUCAAUCGAGGUUGACUACGAAUGUCUCCUUGAUGUACAGCUGCCUUUCGCCGAAGAUGUCCGUUCUUAUAGAUUUCCACCGCUGGACAGAGUCAUCACAGUGUCUGGAAAGGAAAUCCGGGAACACCGAAAUCUACCAAAUGACACGCUGAGCGCGGCGAUGAGCGACUACGUUGACCGAAUGGAUCUCUCGGACUUGGGGAAAGAUGAUGAAGGAAACCCGGCAGAGUAUAUGAACAUGACUGACACAUUUUCCCCGGUCCUGCAUCGCAUGGACCAAGCAGUCCGAUGGAGAGCGGUGCAUCCCACAGAGCCGGUCCCCCCUCCAUACGAUAUACUUACAAGAUAUUCCAACCCUCCUAAAGAGCUUGUGGCUGGAUCCAAAAAGAAGCUCGAGAAGCUGAUCGCCGCGGCGGAUGUCAAGAAAGUGCCGCCCAAAGUCCAAUCCAGAAAACGCAACCGCAACGAAAUCAAGCCCCUCUCCGGCCUCGACGUCGGCGCUCUCCUCGGCAACAACAAAUCCAAAAAGAUCAAGAUAACCCGCGAAAACCCCAUCCCUGAAUUCCGACAAGCUCUCGACACGACCGAGUCUGAAGAUGAGGUCCGUGACGCCGUCAAGCAACUUUCCACAAUCAUCGAAGCGCAAAUCAAAGACAGCUUCGGUGACAUUGCUUAUGGCAAGGCGGUGGAGGAGUUGGACCUGAUGAGGAAUGAGAUGAUUGACAUGGAGGAGCCGGGGUUGUAUAAUGAGUUUAUCAAGACUCUGAAGGGGAAGUUGUUGGGGGAGGAGCUGGGGGGUGAUAGGAGGGAGAUGUGGUAUGAGAUCCGUAAGAACAAGCUUGGAUUGAUUGAGAAGAAGAGCUCGGACAAGUCGAAUGUGGAUGAGGAUGAAGCAAAGGCGUUUCUGUCGUCAAGAUCAUAA